ACCACAUCCCGCCCUCUCCCCAUUCCCCACCGGCCUCCCCUUGGAUCCUAGUCUUCCUGCAGUAGCACCGACCUGAGACACGCAGGAGGAGAAAACUAAACCCCAGUUUCUUGGAGAGAGGAGGAGCGGGAGGGGCCAGGCUGUGUCUCAGUGCAUUGUUCUGUACUCCUGUGCCAAGAAGUAGGUGAGCUGGGGAAAGUGAGCCCGAGGUAUUGCCCCUUUCAGGAAGUUUGCUCUCUCGCUUUGCGUUUGCACUGGGAGGCAGAUCGCUGCCUGGCGCUGGCCCUGGAGUCCCGGCUCCUGCUUAAUAUUCCGCCUGCUUCGCUGCUGUUGUGCUUGGCUCCUGUGGGACUGCAACUUACGGCUUGAAACUGGAGCCAAUUUUCUGUCUUCAUCUCACAGUGUUUUGACUGGAGGCAGAUCCAGUGCAGUCCGAUCGGGGCUAGUGGAAACAACUACCUAAGUCUCUUCUGUGUCUUUCGCUUGGGAGCAGGGGAGCAGAAAACAAACCCACCCACCCACCCCCACACACGCACCCACCCACACGCGCACACACACACACACACACACAGACACACCCGCGCGCGAUGUGGCUGCCGAGGCAGGGCGGCUGAGAAGGAGAGCAUGGGAAGCGAAUGAACUGAUUUGUUACAUACAAUCUGUCUCGGGCGCUCAGCAAUGACUCUGGUGCUGUCCAUGCAGAGCUUCCGCGAGCCCAUUGUCUCGGGAGGAGCGGCCGAGAUCGCGGAGUACCAGACCCUGUGGGAGUCGCCCUGUGGCGGCAAGGCUAGCCCCUCGGAGCCUCAGCAGCGGGGAGACAGGGCACCAUGUCAUCCUCUGGCAGGAUCACAUUACAGGGGAAUUUCAAAUCCUAUAACAACAUCCAAGAUCACAUACUUUAAAAGGAAAUAUGUGGAAGAAGAGGAUUUUCAUCCACCACUCAGCAGCUGUACGCAUAAAACAGUUUCUGUUUUUGAGGAGCGGGCACACAUUCUUUACAUGUCUUUGGAAAAACUGAAAUUUAUUGAUGAUCCUGAAGUCUACCUACGGAGAUCCGUCCUCAUAAACAAUUUAAUGAAGAGAAUCCAUGGAGAAAUUGUCAUGCAAAACAACUGGUGCUUCUCUGCUUGCUCUUUUGGUGGUCCCUCAUCGCAAGAGUGGUUUAUGGCUCAAGACUGUCCUUAUAGAAAACGUCUUCGGAUGGCAAAAGAGGAGUGUGAAAAGUUCCAUACUUGCUGCUUUUAUCAAGAAUGUAGCAGUCACUAUUUAAAUUUACCCUUCUCUGUUAAUACUAAUGGGGAGACUUCUUCUUCCUCUUCUUCCUCCUCCUCCUCUUCCUCCUCCUCCCCUAUAUCUUUGCCAAGUUGUUCCCACCAGGUGGAUUAUGGCAUCGACAGCACCCCUGUUUACAGGCAUGACGACCAGGUUCUUGCUAACGAAAUAUUCAUUACUAAUGCCGAGUCUCAUGGUAAUCAGGAAAAGGCAAAAUUAAAUGAUGAGAAAGGAGGUAACGAAACUGAUCAAGAUGGUAUCACUCUAAACUGUGAACCUAUGAAAGGCGACCUUGCUCUUGAAUGUAAAGGCAAAUUUUAUGAUUAUUUUGAGACUGGAUGUAAUGACAAGAGCAACAUAAAUGAAUCUUGGAAAAAGUCCUUAAGGGGAAAGGAAUCUUUGCCAAGUAAUAAAAUGUGCUGCAGCAAAGGAAGUAAAAUAUGAGCCACCUUUUUUGCUGUAACUCUGAAGCAUGCACAGCAUGUUAUCUAUCAAAAUUGUAUUUUGAAUGGAUUCUUUAUAGUUUUGUACAACGGAUACAAUCAUGCCACAAACAUUGCAGAUAGUUUUAAAUGACUGGAGAGCAGAUUGCAUAAAGCAUCUGUAUGAUCUGCAUCAGUGAGCUAGUUAUAAAUAUGGAGACUUCGUAAAGAGCACAGUUGAAUUACUGCUUACAACUAUCGUUUAGCUUUUGUUACUGAAAAUACCAAUAAACCAGAUGGGGAAAACAUACCCUUUUAUAUAUGCCCUCCCACAUUGAGUCUGCCAUUAAUUAAGAGGAACCUCCAUUAUGUUUACCAAUUAGUUAGAUGUUUGGUAAACAGAUUGAUAUUACCAGCAAGGGUGCUCUGCUUCUUGUAACACAAUAUUUGUUGUGACAAAAGACUGGAUACUAUGGACUGGGAUUAAACAGCUUCUACACUCUCAUACUGACACUGUUAAAUUCAUGUAUUUAACAGGUUUGUAAACUGACAAAGAUAGGGUGUAUUGUAAGGAAAUACCUAUUUAUGGGAUCUUAAGCAGAAAUACCACCUACAGCUCAAUCACUUGCACAUUUUCAGCUCAGCUGUAAUAAUUAAUGAGGCUUAUGGUGGUUUGUUAUUAUCUAGGGCAGGUUUUUUUGGUGCCUUACUUUUUAUCUUAAUUUUUGCCAGCGUGAAAAUUAAGUAUAAAAUCUGAGCUACAGCAGGGAUUUAUUAACCUAAACAGAAAAAAACAGGAUGGAUCAAUAUUAUUAGAAACCUGUAAUCUUUGAAAUACUGAGUUCAACUUCUUAUUCAAACAUCGCUAUUCUUCGUUUUUGAUGCUCGAUUGCUUUUUGAUUUGCUAUCCUUAGGAAGGGAUUUAAGAAACAAUAGAGAGACGUGUCUUGUAAACAAGCAUUAGAUGCUUGAGCAUUUCUAUGGCAACUGUCUGUUGCUGAGGAUCCUUUUUUUUUAAUUCUUCCAUAUAAUGAAGUUCAUGAACCAAUGGCAUGCUUUAUACUUUAUUCUGUUUAGCAUAAUUUCUCUCUUUUAGAUUGCAAAAGCAUGUGGGGGUUUUAUAUGACUUUUGCUGUUGACUUAAAACAAAACAAAACAAAAAGCACAAUGUUAAUAAAUAAUGUGGUGAUAUGAUUUUAUCUUAAAUAAAUGUUUUAAUUUUAAAAAAGAUGAUUUUGGAGAAACAGGGCUUGAAGUUUCAAUGAUUAAAGACAAAAAAUUUGGACAUACUUAGGUACAUCAUUUUAAAAUGCACAUUUUUAAAAACACACACAUUGCAUUUUUCAGGGGGUGAUUAAGAAUAUGUUGGGUCCUGGAUCCACCUAAUUUGUGGGUUCCACACCCACCUGAACAACUGUGGAUGUGCUGUGCAUACCAGCCAAAUCCAAACCAUAGAUGACACCUUAUUGCUGCCUGUCCCUGACCGGGACAUUGUGAAUCCAAACAAUAGCGUUUUCUCAUUGGUUCUUGCCUUAGGAACAAUUAGCUGUGCUCAUGCUGUCCAUUGUUCACUAAGGGUGAAAUUCACCUCUGUGAACGGAAGCAGCCCAGUUCCAAAUUGGGUGUAAAUGGGAUUUAAGGAGUGCACAGAUCUUGUGAUGGCCUCUGCACAGGAAUAAAUUUCACUUUAAGUACAGUCCAGCACUCUUUUAAGUCACUCUUUUAAGACAAUCUUUUAUCUAUGGAGUUUAUUAGUGCAGAAUCAGAUUCUGAUUCACUGCUGCAUUGGGUUCCUCUUAGAAUGUAGGCCAUGGAUUCCAAAGUGUCUCUCUUAAUCCUCCCCUGCUGUUAUUUUUCGUUAUGGCAGGUAAUAUGUGUACCCCAUAGUCAAGAUUACAAAUUGGGCAUCUUUCAUCAACACCUCCACUGGUCACUCUUGGAAGCUCACCAACAACUUUAGAUAUGUAGUUAAAUAAAGUUACCUCAAUAUUUGCAGUAUUUCCUACAGGAAGGAUAUUGAAUGCCUAGGGAAUUUUUAAAAAAACUGAGAUAACCAUUAUUUAGUGAUCUAAGACAAAACUGCCGUGUUUGUAAGAGUUAUCAUUGUAACAGGAAUCGGACAACAAAUAGAGGAAAUAUGGAUUAUGCCUGAUUUCUCCAAGACAGAAGCUUUUUUAUUAUUAAUAAUAUUAUAAAAUAUAGAUCUCAUUCAUACAGUGUAUGAGUAGGAUCAUCAUUUAGACAUUUGUCCACAAGGACCAAUUAUUUAAAAGCUGAUUUUCUUGUAUUAUACCCAGUUAGUCUAGUAAUAUCUGCUCUUUUUUUCAGUAUUUGAUAAACAUUUGAUGUUUUAAGCGUAGAUAUUAGAUCCUUGUAUACUAAUGUGUUGUUGUAGUAAAGUGAGGUUUCCUUGGUAUAUAUUUAUUAAAAUGACCAAAAUUCAUUUUGAUUUUACAUCUUUAAUGGCUGUUGGAUUCGUCCCCUAAUCCCGCCCCAAGGAAAUAUCAUUUAAUCAAAUUGUUCCAUUAUUGAAAAGAUUUAAAUUACAAUCAGUUCUUUUACCACAGAUGCAGACCAAUACAGAAGUCUAAGCUGUCCAUUUUUAGAACACUUUGGAACAGAAUUUUAAGAUAUGCUGACAAAUGUAAAAGAUUAGUUUGCGGCAUAGGAGCGGACAUCUGGGAUUGUACAGGUAGAGCUAAGGACAGAAUUGGGCCAAACGUUGCAAACUACAGUAUUCUGUUAGGGCCCAGUCAUGCAGAGUGGUGACCACUUGUGAGGUGCUGAAUGCCAUCAAGUCCCAUUGUAUUCAGCACUUUGCACACUCAGGCCCAUUUGAGAAAACUGCAUCCAAUGUAUGAAGCCAUAAUGCCAUGGUAUUAGUUUAUGGGUCUUGUUACACUCUGUUGUUGAAAUGUGGAAUUAUCUGAAACAAUUCUAUAAUUAUCUCUGUAUAUAAAAUGUAUUUCUAAGUCACCUACCACCUUGGUAUGUCUAAAUGUUGGACAAAAUUAAGACCUAUCAGAAUUUAUACAAAGAUGGUGUUAUUUUAUCUGUUCUCUGAGAACAGCAAUGUGAAUUUAAGUGUUCCUUUAUGUCUGUCCCCUUACCCUUCUUUAUAAACUAUAACAAGUGCUGAAAGUAAAUAUGUAGAACUCAACAGUAUACUAAACAUUCCUAUUUGUUUUUCAAACGGACAAACUAUUGUUAUGUUAAAGAGAAAAAGUAUAUCUGAAGCAACCUGGGUAAACUGUCAAAAAUAUAAUAGCUAUUGUUGUGAGUUUCAGCUUAGAGAUUCAUAGUGGGUUUUGUAGUUUCAUUUUUGUUUUGUAGUGCUUUAAGUUAUACUAAGGAGACAGGGUCUUUUCCCUGUAACUAUUCAGUACCAAAGACACUUUUGUUCCUAGCACAAGUUUCCAACAAUUGAUUCUUUUCAAGAUCAUAUUCAUUCCCUUCUCUUUUAUGUUUUAUGUGAAGCUUAAUGCAUCUUCCCCACCUUGAUACCAGUCUAUCUGCUUGAGAGAACUGGUCAGAACUUCUUAUCUAUUGAGGAAUUGUUUUCUUCUGCACCAAAAGAUACUUUACUCAUAGAAUAUAAUAUGAUAAAACAUUGAGGCAAUUCUAUGCUUAUAUCUCAAGUCUUAGAAUACAACAGAAAAUAGAAACAGAACAAGGUGUUUCUGUUGCUAUGUCUAUUUUACUGUUGAUAAGAAUAAAAGUGCUGUUUUAUCUCCAGGAUCACUUCCCAAUAGAUUAUACAUUCCCCACUGAAAUGUAUAGUAUAUUUCAGUUGAAAAAAGUACUGCAUUUCUUUUCUAAAACAUACACAGUAACACUAUUGUGCUUCAUUCAUACUUAUUGUAUUUGUUAAAGGGUUUACAUUGUACAACUUCUAUGAGGAUAACUUGGAAAAAUAGUUGGAAUGGAAGUUGUUUAGGUGUUUGAAGUGCACGCAGUGCGAGCAUUUAAAUAUGGGCAGAGGACAAGUGUCCAUAUCACUCAAAUUACCAGCAUAACUGGCACUAAUUGGCAAGCUGGAGGGCAGUCUCAGCAGAGGGGGCAAAAGCUGAAUGAGCCAUGAAAGCAGAGCUAGGCUUUCACUACUAGAGAUGAACCCCUCCAGAGCAAAAGAUUGAGAGAAACUGCUGUUUUCAUCUAUGGAAAAAGUGAAGAGGGAAAUGUUAUUUACCCCUUCACAUAACACAAGAACCAGGGGUCACCCAAUUAAAUUAAUAGACAGCAAGUUUAAAACAAACAAAAGGAAGUACUUCUUCACACAACUCACAGGCAGCCUGUGGACCUCGUUGCCAGGAGAUGUCAUGAAGGCUAAAAGUAUAACAGGGUUCAAAAAAGAGUUAGAAAGUUCAUGGAGGAUAGGUCUGUGGAUGGCUAUUAGCCAAGAUGGUCAGGGACACAACCCCAUGCCCUAGGUAGCCCUAAACAUCUGACUGCAAGAAGCUGGGAAUGGAUGACAAGGGAUGGAUCACUCAAUAAUUGCCCUGUUCUGUUCAUUCUCUUUGAAACAUCUGGCACCAGCCACUGGUGGAAGACAGGAUACUGGACUAGACGGACUAUUGGUCUGACUCAGAAUGGUCACUCUUACGUUCUUAUGUUUCAUCACCCCAUGGUCAUUCUUCUUCCUUUUCCUCUUUUACCAUAUUUUCCAUCUUACCAAAUUUCCCUUUGAUUCAGACUCUUGAACUUUUAGUCAGUGCGGUGCCAUUCGCUGCCAUACUUAUUGGAAGAUCCAAUUCUGCACAGCAGAGACAAUGAACAAGUUCAAAAAUACAGGAAGACUAGAAUGUUUAAAAGAAGAAUUAAACCGAUAUGACAGAUUCACCCAGACAUUCUGGUUGCUUUGUGCCAGUCUGGCAAAACAAAGCAGUUGUAAACCUGGUUUAACUGUCUGGCUAAACUGGGUUUAUAGCUAAUUUAUAUUGCCAGAAUGACCCAAAGGCAGAGACUAGUAUUGGUAAAUCUAGCCCAAUAUUUUAAGUGGAGAAACCAGGCUAAAUUCUGCACUCAGUUACACCUAUGUAAUCUCAUUGGCUUCCUGAAAUAAAGAGGAAAUCCAGUGGUGUAACUAAAAGCAAUUUUUAUUUUACAAUCAUAGAAAUAUAGGGCUGGAAGGGACAGCAUAGGUCAGCUAAUACAUCCCUCCACUCUGAUGCAGGUUUACGUUACUUAGACCAAUGUCUAGAUAUAGAAACUUUGGUAAAUUUUAUCAAAAUGAAUCAUUAAUUUCAAUGGACAGUUUAAACUGCUAUGAAAUCUCAGAUGUUUUUUAUUAAAUGAAUACCACAAUUAUGCUAAAGA